CUGUUUUCGUUUUUAUUCCCUAGUUCCCAUUGUAUUUGAUCAUAUUGACUGAAUAUACAGUGUUUAAAAGUCUGCAUUACACACUUUAUAACAAGCCAAAGUAUCCCGAUGACACGCAGUCUUUUUCCGUCUGUUUCACUGCGCAUGCGCGGCCCGCGAUGAAGCGUAGUUCUUGUUUGCAAACAAACCUGUGUGCACGGAUGAGUGAGACGCAGCUGCUGUCAUGGCAGAAAACAACGACAGCGAGAUCAUCGAGCACCAUGACGACGAAGAGAUGGAGAAAAUGAACAGGCCGAGAAAUGAUUCGCAGUCGUUCAUGGAGAGCGUCAGUGCUUCAGAGAGGGAUGGACACAGCAGCACGCAGUCCUCACACCGCCUCCUGGCUUACAGUGAUGCUCUCAUCUCCAUCAUCGCCACUGUCAUGAUAUUACCUGUUGCCCAUAGCAAAUUUCAAGACAAUGAGGAACUGACCGAGAGCAUUCAGUCGCUCCUCACCACUAAGAUCGCCGUGUACCUGAUGACGUUUCUGAUAGUAACAGUCGCCUGGGCGGCACAUAUAAGACUGUUUCAGGUCAUCGAGCGCAUCGAUGACACACUUGCACUUCUUAAUUUGGCUUGUAUGAUGCUGAUCACUUUCCUGCCCUACACAUUUUCUUUGAUGGCAACUUUCCCGAAUGACACCCUUGGCAUUCUGCUUUUUUGUGCCUGCGUCAUUAUAAUCGGUGUCGUUCAGGCGGUUAUCGUCUUGUACGGGUUCAGCCGUCCUUUCCUCCUAAACGAGCACAUCCAGAUGUCGGAGAAUCAGGCCUAUUACAGACGCCAUAUUCUCGAAGUGAUAAUGAGAGUGCCUUUAAUAUGUUUCUUUGCUGGAAUCUUCGCAUUCGUCUAUUUUAAACUGUCGUAUGUUCUGCUGGCCCUUGUCAUAUUCAUUCCUUACAUAUCUCAGGCGAUGAAAUGGAUUUGGACGAAAGUCGUUGGUACUCAGAUGGAGGAGACUCCAGACUCCAUGCUGUUGUAUACGUACCACCCCAGUGAACCACUGAGCAAGGAGCGUGUCGAGGCGUUCAGCGACGGCGUUUAUGCCAUUGUAGCCACGCUUCUCAUCUUAGAUAUAUGUGAAGACAACGUGCCGGACCCGUCUGCUGUGCAGAAGCAGUUUGACGGCAGUCUCGUCACUGCUCUCCACGAGUAUGGCCCCGAGUACCUGGCCUACUUCGGCUCCUUCGCCACAGUGGGUCUGCUGUGGUUCGUGCACCAUUCACUCUUCCUGCAUGUGACUCGUGCGACACGUUUAAUGGGCCUCUUCAACACUUUCUCGCUAGCUUUUGUAGGCGGCCUGCCUCUAGCCUACCAGCUAACUCAUGAAUUUCCUCGUGGCUCUCAGAACGAGCUGGAGGCCAUCCAGAUCAGCUGCGUCAUCAUCUUCUUCGCCGGCCUCUUUCAACUAGCCAUGUGGGUCACAGCGCUGUUGACAGAGCGUGAGACUCUCCACCCGUACGUGCGUCACGGAGGCCGAGAGCACACCUUCAUGCUCGCUAAGCUCUUGCUCUAUCCCUGUGUGGCGCUCGGGACCUUUUUCUCCACAUGUUUCCUCAGCCGCUUCAGCUCACCCAUCUUCCACCUGAUGCAGAUCGCGGUUCCGUUUGCGUUCCUGCUGCUGAGGCUGAUGGUACGAGUGGCGCUGGCCGUGCUGAGGUGGCUAUUCUGUCCAAAGACACCUAAUGGAAGAAGCGCACUGGUGGAUGACGAGGACGCUCGCGUGCCUUUCACAGACAUUGUCACCUAGCAGGAUGAGGGGGUAACCUGUAGUAAAAAUCCAGCAAGGUCUAUGGGGCCAUUUUCACAUAAGAUUCCUCUUUAAACUCUUGCAAACUGAUGUGUAAUUGCUUGCUACAAAAGUACGUUCGGAGGAAUUUAGACAACAUUAACCUGCCACUCUGUAACUACACAAUAUCGACUAGAAGUCGGGUAACAGUAACGUGAUUCAUGGGCUUUGGAAAUCAUUUUAUAAUUGUAAACAACUGUAUAGGAAAUAGCCUAGAGAACUACUCUAAGAACGAAUGUCACUGCUAAAUCCGUCCUAGAGUUAACACUAUAACUUUUUCAUACAAGCUGAAUCAGGUCUGAAGUCGCACUAAAUAGCAUGAUGAUCAUUGUGUUUGAUUAAACUCCAACUUGUAUCUUGUAAGCACUUAAAACACAGGUUAAAUAUAACGUCUGAGAUAAUUAAUCGCCUUCUGCAUAAGUGUAGGAUGAUGAAAAACAUUCAUUUAGCAUCUCUCUUAGGUAGAAUAUCAUUUGGAUUGGGGAAACAGAACCACAGACCAGAAGCUCAGCACUAUGUGAUUGAGCAACCAGGUUGCCAGAUUUAUACCCAUUUCUACUCGAAUUCCCCAUUUCAACAACAAUAGUAUGUCAUUUUGUUCCCCGAAUUAAACAUAAAUGAAGGCACACAUGCAAACAUGGCACAUGCCAGUCACUCAUCACGCACAGCUUAGGGCAUGUGAACGUGGUUACUAAGCAACCACACCACACGGAUGAUAGCAGAAUCACGUACUGAUUUGUUUCCCUAUAAAACUCUAUGUAAGCCUCAGUAAACAAAUGAUAGUCACACCAAAAAAUGAUCUGAUUUCGAUCUUUCAUGCUGCAUCCAUUCGAUAUAUAUAUAUAUAGAGAGAGAGAGAGACGCUUUAUUGAAUUAUUUUUUAAAGUAUGCUACUUUAAAUAUUUUUUAUCCAUGUGCGAUGACUUUGUACAGUAUACUUUAUACCGUAACACAUGAAAGCUGACAUGAAGACUACUAAGAACUGAAGCUGACCUGGUGAAAACUAGCUUUUGCCGCGAUGGUGAAUGUAUAUUUUAAAAUGAAUUCAUUUAUGUGCGACUAUCUUAGUGUUUGUUGAGGAAGUGGUACAUUGGUCAAUGAAACUGAUGCUCAGAUAAACAGCAAGAGUAGCUACGAUAUAGCUGAAUUUACUCACCGUCCGAUCAAAAUGAAUAAGGAGAAGCACUUCAAGUUGUUUUUUUCCCCCCCUGUUAUUUCUCAUGUUGUGAAUUUGAUGGAAAACCCACUAUAUCCUGUGUUUUUUUUUUUUUUACCUGGAUAUCACAGGGAUGCAACAUUUACACUCAGCUCUGUUAUCUGCAAUUAUUAGUGUUGUUUACUCCAUAUGUUUGUUCAGUGAAUUGAGUAUCAUUAAUGAGAAACUCUUCAGUAAAACUCAUCAAACAUCUUA